AUGCCGUCCUUACCGACUCCUGCGCACAGUGUAACGGGCACGUCGUCUGGUUUUGACAUGGCCGAUGAUAUCGAUCAGCAUCGGGAUAAGCGGCAGAGACUGGAUUCGGAUAGAGAUCAAGAGGCGGAUCAAAUGGAGGUAGAAUCACUUCGAGAGGCCACAAAUCACGACCGGAACGAUGAGAUGGAAAUAGAGGGUGUCAAGGGAAAAAGCGCCGAACUUGGAGAAAAUGAGCAGGCUGCAGAGCUAAUGGUGGAUGAGAAGACCCUGGAGCAACUACAGAAAGAUAUGGGCGAAGCCUUUCUUCUCUGCAGAUCCAAAGUUGAGCGCCAGAAACCGAAUCCGCAGCAGCAUUUGUUGGCGUUGUACGGGCUGGGCCCCUUAUUGCACAGUGUCGCUCGUACCGAUCCAAGGACCGGCGAGAAAAUUAACAAGCUACGGAAAUCGUACGAAGGCCAAAUCAAGGGAUUCGCUUUGGCUGGGCGGAACAAGCCGGUCAAGGGUGAACGCAACGUGGAAGAAGAUCAACCCGGACCGUUACGGCGCAUGGCUGGCUCGUCGCCUUGGGGUCUUCAACCGGAUGAGCAGUGGAAUGCAGAGCACGCGAAAUCCAGCAUUGAAGUGACGGCAGACUUCAGAGCCAAGUUGAAACAAGCCGUGCAAAUGCAGCCAGGAACAGUUCGGAAUAACGCCCACUGGGAGGAUAUGCUCGGAUUCGACAAGCCGAAGCCCAAUGUGGCUCCAGCGCCGCAGCCAAUGUCUCGACCGAUUGCAAAUGGUGUGGUACGACAACCUCAACAGCCUUCUGCAGAAGCAAAAAGACAGACUCGGGGGAAAAAGCGGAGUUAUGGUGAUGACAGUUUUGUCGGGUACGGGGAGGGUUAUUCGGAUCCUGAAGAUGGUGAUGGCGACGAAUACGGCAGCCAGAGGAAACGGAAAAAGGUGACAGCUACGGAGUACUGA